ACACCCUGGGCAACGGUAGGCAAGAUGAUUUAUAAACAAAAAUUGAGCUUAAAAAAAUGCCAAUUAUUCGCUUAAAUUGUGAAUUAAAAGCCAAUUUAUGAUAGGUAUUCCCUGUAGUUUUAGUUUUUCUACGUUUGUGAAGUAAUACAGUGUACGCUAAAUCAUGGCAUCAAUAAAUAUUCGGGAUCAAAAGCUGGAACAGCAGCGUCAGCUCAUGGAGCUGAAGAUGAAACAAAAGCGUCAAAACGCCGGAAUGGUGCAGGCUAAUGACCUGAGAGUGGGGUCUGCUAAACGCCCUAUAUCGAGUAGUCGAUCUAGAGAAUUACAUGGAUAUGAUGGACCAAUGCAGUUUUUAAUGUCACCCGUGAACCCUGAUCAAGUGAUCACACUACAGACCAAUAGGAUAUCAACGUAUGAUGAGCUUGGAAACCAGAUAGAAGUGCUGACAGUGGGCGACGGGGUGCACAGUGGUGAAGAAGAAGAAGAAAGCGUGCCGGUCACAAGCAUGGCGCGAGACGCGAGCACAGACGACGUCUGCGCAGACGCAGCCGUCGCGCCGCUCAACUCCGCCAAUCGGAGCGUAAGGAGCGACGGCUCGCCCAAUCAGGCGGAGAUCGAGGGUUCCAUCGAAGGCGCAGUAGAAGCCUUCGUAGUGACCCCGGCGCGACACGGCACUCUCUACAAGUGCCGCAUUGCACGCGACCGCAAGGGCAUGGACCGCGGCUUCUACCCGACCUACUUCCUUCAUCUAGAGAAGGAUUAUGGGAAGAAAGUGUUUCUGUUGGCCGGUCGCAAACGCAAGAAGUCCGCCACAUCCAACUACCUAAUCUCAACCGACCCGACGGAGCUGACCCGCCACGCGGACAGCUUCGCAGGCAAGCUGAGGUCCAACCUGCUGGGCACGGCCUUCACUGUGUAUGACAACGGGAAGGCGUGGAAGAAACAUGACGAGUCCAGGAAUACUAGGCAUGAGCUGGCUGCAGUGGUUUAUGACACCAACGUCCUCGGCUUCAAAGGGCCUCGCAAGAUGACGGUGAUCCUGCCGGGCAUGACCCCCGACCGCCAAAGAGUCACCAUCUCCCCUCACGACGACAGCGAAACACUCCUAGAACGAUGGAAGAGCCAAAACCUAGACGACAUAGUCGUACUACACAACAAAACACCCGUAUGGAACGACGAAACACAGUCUUAUGUCCUAAAUUUCCACGGCAGAGUCACUCAGGCUAGUGUGAAGAAUUUCCAGGUGGUACACGAUUCGGAGCCCGAUUAUGUGGUGAUGCAGUUUGGGAGGAUAGCUGAGGAUGUGUUUACUAUGGACUAUAGGUAUCCCAUGUGUGCCUUGCAGGCUUUCGGGAUCGCGCUCAGUUCGUUUGAUAGUAAGUUGGCUUGCGAGUGAAUUUUUUGGGUGGGUGUUUAUUCUGAUGUUGAAAUUCUGAGGAAUUUAAAGCUCUCGUUGAUUGAAACAUCAGUUAAUUGUAUUUACACCUAAUUGAUUUCGUGAUAUGAAAAUGGUACAUUCCCUUUUGUGGUAUUUAUUGUAAAAAAUAUGCAUUAGAGGCUCUUGCAGGACCAAAUAAUGCUCGGAUUUACCUCAAAUAUUAGAGACUUACCCCUGAAUUUAUAGAAAAAACCACAGACUUGUAACUGUCUCUUUACAAGAGGCUUGCAAGCGUCAUCGUUAUACUCGAAAGUCAUAAUUCGAGUUUCAUGAUGACGCUUGCAAGCUCUUGUAAACUGAAUUUGGGGGAUUAUGUUAAUGCGAAGUGAUGACCAUCAUUGUAAUGAUCGAAUCGUUAAUUACUGUUAUAGUAAAUUUGCCUUUUCCUUUGGUCCAGUGACUAAUCAGGGUUAUGUUUUGACAUUCCAUGAUUAUUUUUAUAAAAUAAAAUAAGAUUAUAUUUGAGGCUAAGCGCACAUACAUAUAAUUAUUUUGGUGCUUGUUAUAAAUUUGUGACAUUGGUUGUAUUUUAGCAUUUUGUGGCAUUUACUGUUAGAAUAGCGGUAGCGUUGAAUAAUUGAUAUACUUAUUAUUAAUUUGUAUUACAUUACAAAAUGUGAGUCAGGAAGCUGGAAACUGGAGCUUCAAUAGCAAUUGAAUGGGUAGAUUUUAGUUUUUUUAAAACCAGAGUUAUAGUUAUCUAUUAUUAACCUAUGUACCUAUAUUUCGCACAAUAUUUUGUCUUUACUUUUUAUAUCAAUGAUGUGAAUCAUUUGUAGAGGCAAUAA